AUGCCUGCUGCUAACGGUUCAUCGGAACCCAAACUGGACGAAAACCAACUGCGUCUUUUCAGCAUGCGAUUCUGCCCGUACGCCGAGCGGGCUCGCCUGACGCUGAACAUCAAGAAAAUCCCGUAUGAAAUUGUAAAUAUCAACUUGACCGAGAAACCGGAAUGGUACAUGGCCCAUCACAACCCACUGGGCAAGGUGCCGACGCAUGAGCCCGGGAAGCCGAAACCGGUCUUUGAGUCGCUGAUCGUCGCCGAGUACGUCGAUGAGCAUUUCCCCAAUGAGCCGAAACUGUUGCCGAAAGACGAGUACGAAAAGGCUCGUCAGAAAGUGGCUAUCGAAGUCAUUACUCAGAAGGGCCUGAAAGAAGUGGAGGAAUCAUUGACUGGUCAAUAUUUCGCAGGCGACAAGAUGGGUUUCGUGGACGUGAUGAUUUGGCCGUGGUUCGAACGUAUCGCGCCGGUGUGUGAAGUGCGCAGUGUCGAUCUGAAGAUGGAGCGCGACUAUCCUAAACUGCACGCCUGGAUGCAGAAGAUGCUGAAGGAGCCGGCCAUCGCCGACAUCGUCUUUCCGUCGGAAAUCAUGGUGCCGUUCAUCAAGAGCGCCUACGUGGAUGGCAAAGCCAACUACGAUAUCGGACUGUAAACGGCACAAAUGCAUCUCAUUAUCUCCGCUCUCUGUUUAUCGCUGCUUGCCUGUCGUUCAUUUUCGAAGGAUAAUUACGGGAGUUUUCUCAUAACUGGUGAUGGAUCUUGCGGUUGUGCGCUUUGUCUGGCGUCUCACAGUUUUUGUUAACUGUUCGGAUUUUUAUUGUGUUAGCGCAGAUAAUCGGUGUGUGCUCUUCUGGCAGUGAGCAGGUAUUGGUGUUUAAGCGUUCCGGUUUACCAAUUAUAUGGCUAGCUGAAUAGAAAAUUCCUCAAUUGAUUUGUUUCAGUUUCUGCAACUAUAUGUUUUCUUAGGUCAGUGUUUGAGUAAAACCGCGUUGACAGCGUUG